CGAACCUUUGGCGUCGCCAUCGAGGCGUCUGCUUCUCUCUCCCUCGUCGACGCUGCCUCACCGGAGGUCGCAGGGCACAGAGCGGCUAUGCCUGCCAAGCAGUCGUCGAAGAAGGCGAAGACACGUGUGACGGCGCACAAGCGUUCCGCCGCACGGCCUCUGUGUCCACGUCCCCGCAAGAAGCCCGCUCUCAGCUUGACAGACAGAUCGGAAGCGAAUUCCAGCAGCGAGGAUGAACUCAAUGCGUUCCGUGAGCAUGACAGGGGUGUAUCCUUGGACGAACUGAGUUCCCCUUCCCGCAAGGAUGCUACGAGACGGACCCCUCACUUCCGCCCGAGACCUGGCGCGCAAGCUUUCCAACCAAGGCAGCCGCCCUACUACCCUUCGCCACCGUGCACGCCACGUUCGCGCACACGAGCGCCAGGCAGCGACGACUGGUGGCCGCGUGCCUCGUCCGAAGACAGCAAGGACGGCACGUAUAUCCUAGCGUCCAGCGCACCUUCGUAUGGUCCACAAAACGACCUCAAAACAGUCGCUAUGGAAGCCGCCGAUCAGGUCUCGCCUGAGGACGCCCAAAACCCCCCGGCGGACAUCGAUCAAGUCUCUCGCGAGGAAACGCGCACCUUUCUCGCAGCCUUCGGCAUGCACGACUACGCGACCAUGUUCCACGCCAAGGGCUUGCGCACCCGCGCGGACUACGUGACGUUCGCCCUCGACUGCCAGAUGAAUCCCGACAUUGUGCAUGGUUCCCUGGCAGGCAUGUUUCCAACAAUACCCGAGCGCAAGUGCCGCUCUUUCAGCUGGGUGCUCUGCCAGGAGGUUCGUGAGGAGCUAGCCCAGAGCGCGAGGGACGUGGAGAGAAUAUUGUGCGAAGCGACAGGGGACAGUAGCGAUGCGGACGAGGAGAGGGGCGAUGCAGACGAGAAGAGGGACGAUGCGGACGAGGAGAGGGACGAUGCGGACGAGGAGAGGGGCGAUAUGGACGCGGAGGAUGGCGGCUCAGCCAUGGAUUCCGCCGAUGAGGUGGCGGAGCUUCUUGGGAACCUUGUCGACGAGAUGGAGGGGGAUGAUGAGGAGGGCUAGAGUUUUUGUGUCAAGGUAGUGUUGUAUAGGCCACGCAAAUUGUAUAUGCGGUCCUUACGACGCAGGUACCUUCGCAUGCGGACUUUCUUGGUGGAGAGCUUGAGAACCUUGCAGCUUGAUGGGCAUGUCACACGGCCGUGAAGCGGGGCAGAGGC